UAUACUUCACCUGGAACAGCUGUGGCAGGAACACCUGGCUCGGGUUACAGCAGUGAAGAAAGCCGAGGGGCUGGACUAUCAGCCAAAAUAACUCAACUCGGUACGCAGCUAUGACUAAAUGUCUGGAGCCGCCGCCACAAGAGAGCGACUCAGGCUGAUCCCAACUUCAGGAAGACAAGAAGGUUUGGACGCAACGCAUUCUCUUCUCUUCAGUUUAGGACAAAAGGACAGGCUCUGAUUUUUUGAGGUGGCGUUUGUUUUCAGGAGCAAGUUAUUGCUAUCUGAUGAGUCAUGAGUUCUCAAACAAGCUUUGGGAGCAGCAUGCUGUUCCAGACCAUGAAUGAUGAUCUGAGCGCAUCACUCGCUACAGCAGACGAGUUAUCCAAAGAGUUUAACUCCUUGCUGCAGGAGGCCUCCACCAGCAAUAACAACACAGAGUCUAAGUCACAGGCCACCUCCAGUAUCUCCAGAGAGCAGCCUCAGUCCAGUUGGUCUUCCAGCACUUCCACUACUAAACAGGCAUCCGGUGGCAGCAGUAAUGGAUCCCCCAGCUCUUCAGCUUACUCCACAAGCUCAGCAUCCUUCCGUCCCAUUGACUCUGUCAGUUCUAACAAUAAUAAUACCAGAUCCUCCCCCGUAUUCCCACCAAGCCCACUAUCAUCCCCAAAGCUCCAAAGAAGUGCACAUGCUCCAGUCCGAGCUGGAUCUGACAUCGUCCACCAUAGUUACAGCCAUUCAGCUCAAAACACGAAGUAUAAUUCUUUGCCUCAUUAUGACAAGAGCCCACGAAGCUCAGUUAGCUCCACUGAUAGAAGCCCUGCUCCAAACUCAAAGGCUGUUACUUUGGAACCAUCAGCUUCAGCCCAUUCCAAUUUGCUCAGACCUUAUGACAGCAGCCAGAUGCGUCCAAGGUCGCCUCGAUUCGACAGAAGCCCUUCUCCAUUGUCUGUCAAUUAUCCAAUGUCCAGCACGCUUCCCAGAAAUUUUAGCAGUUCCAGGCAACAAGACGAGGCUGUGCAAUGGCAGAAGAGUCCUGGCAAGUGGAAUGAGACAGAUCUGGACAUGUCUUAUGAAAGGAAGCCUCAUCACACUUAUGACAAGACAGAGUGGCUGCGGUCAACUAUGCCAAAUCCAAAUUGGAAAGAAUCCAACCUCGAUGGCCCUUCUCCAGCUCCAAGCCCCAUAAAAGAUCGUCUCUCUAAUACUCUUCAGUUUUCCAGUGGAUCCCUCCCCCGUAAUGCACGUAUUGCAGUACCACCAUCUCAGUCUCACUCCCCUUACCAGUCUCAGCCCAUCUCCCGUAUUUCUAUUCCUCCCAAUUCAACUCAGUCCCGCCAGCAUAAACCCAUUCCUCUUUCUGUCAUCAUGCGCCUUCAAAAUCCUUAUUGGGGAGCAAUGAUAGCCCCCCAACCCAGAGUGGUUGGAGGACAAAGUGACAUGUCACCUUACCAACCUGCUGUACCCGUCCCAAAGGAAUUCUUCCAGCCUCCUACAGUUCAGCCACAACUGAAGCCACCUGAGCUGUGGCAGCCAGCUCUAUACAGUGACGUGCUGAACCCAGCGGAUAUAGAUGCAGAGUUAGAGCGGUUGGUAUCUGCUCAGCAGAACCCUGUAAAUUUGGAAAAUCCUGCCAUAUCAGAGGGUAGUGUGGAGACCGAGGGCACCAAUCAGCAACCUCCUCGGCCCCUAAGCCCCACCACGCUGCAACCAGUGGUGGCGCCUGAUGCCCAGAGCCAUGUGACCCCUGUCAUCGAGGAAGUCCUGCGCAUCAGGGCAGAAAUUCCCAGAGCCCUGAAGAGGAGGGGCUCUGUGAACCUUUCAAAGCCCCUGAAGAAGCCCUCGCAUUACCAACCAAACCAGUACAAACAUCUUAUCAACAAGCUCUUUCGCAAGGAAUACCAUAACAAGGCGGACAAAGGUAGUGAGAGUAGCAGCUCAUCAGAUGGGGAGGACAGUGCUUUACCCCCUCCCCCUCCACCUAAGACACCCACUCUCAUUAAAAAUGACAAAAAUUACCGUUCAAUUUUGCGCCUGCCUAAUCGAAAGCGCAAAAAUUCUGGCAGGCGGGCUCGGCUUAGCCCGCUGGUGCUUGUACUUGAUGGAGCUUUAGCUGGAGACCUGGACACAGUGCAGAAAGCUGUCCAGGAGAUGAGUGAUCCCAGCCAACCAAAUGAAGAAGGCAUCACUGCCCUUCAUAAUGCCGUCUGCUUUAGGCAUCACGAUAUCGUGGACUUCCUGGUUCGGAUUGGAGUUAAUGUCAGUGCACCUGACAGCCAUGGCUGGACUCCUCUUCAUUGUGCAGCCUCUUGUAAUGACCGUCCUCUUUGUGAGUUUUUGGUGAGGAGUGGGGCUGCCGUCAUGGCCGUUACAGAAAGAGACAGAGCUACUGCUUCCCAGAAGUGUGACCCUUAUGCUCCUGGAUAUGAGGAGUGUGAAACCUUCCUGAGGGCUGCGGAGGAGGCCAUGGGGGUGGACAACAGCGGAGUGCUUUAUGCUCUGUGGAGCUACCCAGCUCAGGCAGCAGAUGAACUGAGCUUUAAAGACGGAGACAUGGUCACCAUCCUCCAGAAACCUGAGGGGUCAGACUGGUGGUGGGCCUCACUGUGUGGCAGGGAAGGCUUUGUUCCAAACAACUACUUUGGGCUUUUCCCGAAGGUUCGGCCGAAAUCUCUGUGUUAAGUAGCAUCCUGAUUAUCAGGUCUGGUCAAACUGAUGCAGGGAAUAUUCUCAGAUGCUUUAUAGCUUCAGACUUUUAGUUGAACAUACUGUGUCUGUACGGCCAUAAAAAGACUGCAGACCUAAAAGAUUUUUUGUGAUCUGUCAGGGAAGGAGAGGCAAAGGUGAAGUCUCUAUACUCCUUUUGGCUGUACUGACAAGGAUAAAUCUUUUUACGUUUGUACCGGCUUGGCUGUAGAAUAAUUAUCUAUGUUACAACUCUAUGACAGAUAGUCAAGUUUUGUUGUCUAUCCAAAUGUUACAAAGGGGUGAAGGUCCAUGUUGUUCGGAUAACUUCAGUCAGGGGUUCACCAUACAAUGAGUAAAAAGUUGGUAUGGUUACUAAUCAGAAUGCAAACACUGGCUUUUGAUGUUCAUUCAACUUAUCAGCAAAGUCAUGGCAGGUGUGUGAAAUCUUGUGACUGCUCAGUUUAGAAAUGCUUUGCUUCAAUCAAAGUAAAAUCCAAGUUUCCAUUCCUGGAAAAGUUUGCAGAAAGGAAGCACCACAGUAAAAGAGAGCAGUUAGCAGGGAAUGUUUUACUUUACAUAAUAUUUCAGAAAUGUACUCAGAUAUCACAGCCUUUGCAAAUAGUUUCUCAGAUAUUAGUACUAGUAUUUAACUGUAACUUUUUCUGGCUACAGUGGCUGUUAAAUCCUAAUAACAACAAUAUUCUCGAAAUAUGUGUGAUUUUUUUUGAAUGUCAGGAGUUGUGUUCUCCUAUCAGUACGGCGGUAGUAGGUUUACCAUAGUAUUUUCAACCUCAGUAUUUUCUUUUUGCCUUCAGGUUUGUGUUGUAUGUUUAUGCUCACUAAAUAAGUGUGUCUUUUUUGAAAGUGUUUUCUGGGUGGAUGUGUUUGUGUGUGUACUCACAGUGGUGUAGUGCAUGUGGUGACAAAAACUGGUUUUAUUAUAUAUUUUUUUUGUUUCACUUGUUACUAGGGCCCUCUGUGCAUCUAACCUUUAGGCUUCUACGGAGCACAUAGUGAUCAAAUUUUUGAAUACUGAAUAAAAAGAUGAAAAUCGU